UAGCAUAAAUUGUGCGCGCUCUGUAUAAACGGUGCAAGAGCGGUUUAUCUUUAAAAUCGUUAUACCCGCGUAAUUAUAUUUAUUCUGAAAGUAUAUUUCACCUGCAUUCGGUUCAUACCUUAGUAGAGUUAUGUUUUACAAUUUUUCUGGAUCGCGUUUCAUUUAACUUAGUUUAAAAAUGUCCGAACGGAGAUUCAAAGUGUCUAAAUCUGAAGACAGUAACAGCUAUAAAUACAGCGAUAGUUUAGACGAUGAACGUGCCACUGAAAAAUUACUGCCCUCCAGCGACAGCAGGCUGGAAGCCACACCUUUCAAAGGAGAUGGUAGAGAUGAUCAACCCUUCGUAUCCGAAAAAACGUCCGGGUACGAGACGAACCUCUACCUGUACUCCGAGGAAAUGGAGGACAGACCGCGAAUAUCGACCCUCAUCAGCUCCCUGGCGAACUAUUCCAACACUAUCCCUCCUGCCUCCAACGACCCCGACGCUCGGCCUGCUGGGGGCGCCGCCAGGAUGGGCACGCUCAUAGGGGUAUAUCUCCCCUGCAUCCAAAACAUUUUCGGUGUCAUUUUGUUUAUUCGUUUGACCUGGGUCGUAGGCACAGCAGGCGUCAUCCAGGGGUUCCUUAUUGUUUUUUGCUGUUGUUGUGUGACCAUGCUGACGGCCAUAUCUAUGUCUGCCAUCGCUACCAACGGUGUGGUACCUGGAGGUGGAAGCUAUUUCAUGAUAUCCCGGUCAAUAGGGCCCGAAUUUGGAGGGGCGGUGGGCAUGUUGUUCUACACGGGCACCACCUUGGCUGGGGCUAUGUACAUCGUCGGAGCCGUAGAAAUUGUCUUGAUGUACAUGACGUCCAGUCUAACCUUAUUUGGAGACAUAGCCGACGAAGAAGUGAAAUACAACAACUUUAGAGUCUACGGCACUGGACUCCUACUGGUGAUGGGCACCAUAGUGUUUGUGGGAGUAAAAUUUGUCAACAAAUUUGCCACAGUCGCUCUUGCAUGUGUCAUUUUCUCCAUUUUGGCUGUGUACAUUGGAAUUUUUGUCAAUAUCAACGGCAAUGAUAAAUUACACAUGUGUUUACUUGGCAAUAGAGUACUAAAAAUGGACAAUAUAAGUAACUGCAACAAAGACCCGUCAGGGGUACUGCACAAAAUGUUUUGUCCAACUGGAAAUGAGAGUUGUGAUCCUUAUUAUUAUAAACAUGAUGUCUCGAUCGACAGAGGUAUUAAAGGACUUUCUUCCGGAGUAUUAUUUGAUAAUAUUUACGACAGUUUCCUGGAACAAGGUCAAUUUAUUGCUAGAGGAAGAGAACCAGCUGACACUGAACCAUUAGGAGACGAUACCUUUAACCAAAUUUUUGCCGACAUUACAACGAGUUUUACAAUACUUAUUGGUAUAUUCUUCCCUUCAGUAACAGGCAUAAUGGCUGGUUCUAACAGGUCAGGCGACCUUGCUGACGCUCAAAGAUCUAUCCCCAUAGGAACUAUUUGUGCUAUUCUAACUACCUCCACGGUAUAUCUGUCCUCAGUUCUGUUAUUUGCAGGAACCGUUGACAACCUGCUACUUAGGGAUAAAUUCGGUUCUUCAAUAGGAGGGAAACUAGUGGUAGCAAACAUAGCCUGGCCCAAUCAGUGGGUGAUACUGAUAGGUUCCUUUUUAUCGACUCUUGGUGCUGGUUUGCAAUCUUUGACCGGAGCCCCUCGUCUGCUCCAAGCUAUCGCGAAGGAUGGAAUAAUUCCAUUUUUAGCUCCAUUUGCAGUGUCUUCAAGCAGGGGUGAACCAACAAGAGCCUUAAUUCUCACACUGUUAAUCUGUCAAUGUGGUAUUUUACUUGGAAAUGUCGACGUAUUGGCACCUCUACUUUCUAUGUUCUUUUUAAUGUGUUAUGGAUUCGUUAACCUUGCAUGCGCACUACAAACACUACUGAGAACUCCAAACUGGAGACCAAGAUUCAAGUAUUACCAUUGGUCUCUGUCUUUCAUUGGUUUGUCGCUGUGUAUAGCUGUUAUGUUCAUGACCUCAUGGUAUCUAGCUUUGUUGGCUAUGGCAAUGGCAGGGAUUAUUUACAAGUACAUCGAAUACAGAGGCGCUGAAAAGGAAUGGGGUGAUGGAAUCAGAGGAUUGGCGUUGUCUGCUGCUAGGUAUUCAUUGCUACGUUUGGAGGAAGGGCCACCUCAUACUAAGAAUUGGAGACCCCAGAUUCUUAUUCUAGUUAAACUGACAUCCGAUUUGUUGCCAAAGUACAGAAAACUAUUUUCAUUUGCAGCUCAGCUCAAAGCUGGAAAGGGUUUGACUAUAUGUUCCUCGGUAAUAGGUGGUGAAUAUACUCGCUCUUGUGGCGAGGCAAUGGCAGCAAAGCAAAGCUUGAGCAAAACAAUGGAAGAGGAAAGGGUUAAAGGAUUUGCUGAUGUUCUAGUUGCUCGAGACAUUACUGAGGGUCUUUCUAACUUAGUGCAAACGGCUGGUUUGGGUGGUCUCAAACCAAAUACAGUGAUAUUGGGAUGGCCGUAUGGUUGGAGACAGUCUGAAGAUGAUCGCACCUGGCAAGUAUUCUUAGAAACCGUAAGAAAUGUCACUGCGGCUCGUAUGGCUUUACUGGUUCCUAAAGGCAUAAACUUCUUUCCGGAUUCUGGAGAUAAAGUUGUUGGAAAUAUCGAUAUUUGGUGGAUAGUACACGAUGGAGGAUUGCUCAUGCUAUUGCCUUUCUUACUAAAACAACAUAGAACUUGGAAGAAUUGCAAAAUGCGCAUUUUUACGGUGGCUCAAAUGGAGGAUAAUUCUAUACAGAUGAAGAAAGACCUUAAGACGUUCCUAUAUCAUCUAAGAAUCGAAGCUGAAGUAGAAGUAGUAGAAAUGAUGGAUCACGAUAUAUCGGCUUACACUUAUGAAAGAACUUUGAUGAUGGAGCAGCGUAACCAGAUGUUGCGAGAACUUCGCUUAAACAAGAAAGAAAGUUUAGGAGUGGUACAGUCAAUUGUAGAUCAACAUCAUCCAGACGCUAAAAUAGCGACUAAAGUGCGUUUUCAGGAACCUGGAUCCGGUGGCGAUAACAAAACGGCUGAGGGAGAAGAACCUACAAAUGAGUUACAGCCUAACCCAGAAACGAAAGACGACUGUGAAAAUUCGACUAAAGAAAAGGAAGACUCAUCGGAAAAAGAAAAGGAGUGUACAAAUGAACACAACUCUAAUUCUGUUUCAGAGGAAAACAAUAAACCCGUAACAAAAACCCCUGACGAAGGAAAUGUUCGUCGUAUGCAUACCGCAGUAAGGCUGAAUGAAGUGAUAGUGAAUCGUUCUCACGACGCUCAACUAGUCAUUUUGAAUUUACCCGGCCCUCCCAAAGACACCAAAAUGGAAAAAGAGUCAAAUUAUAUGGAAUUUUUAGAGGUGCUCACCGAAGGCUUGGAGCGAGUGCUGAUGGUGCGUGGCGGAGGUCAGGAGGUCAUCACCAUUUAUUCUUAAUUUUAUUGUGACACCAAAAAUUGCGACAUCAGAUGCCGCAGUUUGCCAAAAAGCAUAAAAAUAAUCAAAGAACAUUUGCUACAUGAAAUGACGAUGGCGUAACAGUAUUUUAGAAUGUUAAAACAAAUGAAAAUAGUGAUUAUACCAAAGAGAUACUUAUUUAUUCUUCUUAAUGUUAUAGAUUGUAUUUGGCCGGAUGGGCAUGAAAUGCUCAUGUAGGCUUCGUGAUUCUUUAACCUAUAUAAUACUGUAUCAAUCAAAAUGUUGGUUACGAAAAGUGCUCAUUUUUCUACGAAAGAAUGGCGGCUGGCGAGGCCAGUAAUGACGUGCAGUGUUAUGAUAGGGCGUAGCAUAAGAAGUAGAGUAGAUAAUUCUGCUAACACUAUCGAGUGUAUUUCAUGUAGUUCUGUUACAUCAUAAAUUUCCUGCGAAAAACUUAAUUUACAACUCUCUCAGUGGAUUCAUACGUAGAGGUUAUCAUUUUUUAUUCAAUAAACAUGAAGGCGGUGCAUGAAUUGCCUAUACACUAUUCUAAAUGCUUUCGUAUUUUCGGUUUCGUUGACCCAUCUUGGUGCAAGUUUACAAGGAACUAAUAUUUCAAUUCCUAUAAGUCGUAAAGCAGCCGUUCUUAUUAUUUUCUGUUAGAUGGUAAUAACAUGCGUUCUCUCGAUAACUAUUUAACUAUAUUAGGAAAAAAAGAUUUUGAGCAAUAUUAUCUUAAUAAUAAUUACUGUAUUAAAUGUCAAAUUACGAGUGAUAAAACUGUAUUUGCUGGACUACUUUGGUAACAUGUCUUAAAAUGCAGUAAUUUGUAGAUGUUAGCAUUUUUUAUUCCACAUUCCAAAUUUUUCGGAAACAUUUCCCGUUCCCCAACUUCACGUCUACACAUUUUUGCAGAAUAUCCAACAUGUUGCGAAGAAUACUUUUUUUAAAUAAGUACAAUCCUUACUUAUCGGCGGAGGGUGCGGUAUGACACAAUCUUCAACAUAUUUUCGCGAGCUAUGACCAACUGAUCGCUUACUAUGGUAGGGAGCGGCUAAGGAUGGUCCAAACGUACAAACUUUUAAAAUAUUGAAUUUUAUCUGAUAAAUUCAUUGCCAUUUUGGACCAUGUCCGCAACACUUGACGUAUUUACUAUUUAUUCAUAAGGAUAAGGUAGAUUAACUGAUUUGUCAAACAAAUAUCAUACUGUAUAAUAUGUGCUUUAUUUAUAUGUUACAUGGUUUGUUAUUUAUUGUUGAUAUAUUUGUUAUCCAUAGGAAUGUAGGAGUUUAGUGCAGGACGUUAAAUUUUGUUGAUUUAGUUGUUAGCUCCCAAAGAUGAGGUAGUUCCAAUAUUCAAACAAAAAUAUUAUGACAAAUGAAACCCAACAUAAACACAUUUUAAGUCACAUCUCACACAUCACAAGAGGUCUUUCCCAUGUUUACCAAAUAUGAGUUGUUCCUGUAUUUUCUUAAACUUUAAACAAACUAGAAGAAAUUUAUUAAUUGAAUACAUUAUAUUUUCAGGUACUUAAAAGUUAUAUAUUUUGACAAAUGUUGGAAAGUAUAUUUUUAUAUUUCGUGUAGGCAUAUGGGAGGGCCUAUUUUCCUUAUGUUCCGAAAAAGAGUCGCUCCGUUGUUAUAAAAAUGUGGCUACCCGCCGUCUACACUAUACUAUACUAUCUCGUGCAACAGCGCAAGUGUAGGGAUAAAUAGUGCACUAGUGAUCUCAACUAGCCUUAAAGGUACCUUAAAAUAUUAAAUUCUAUUUAUUUAUAUUAAAGUAUCACUAACGUAGCUAGUGCCCAGAUUACGCCAUUGUACAUCAACUUAUUAUGACUGUUGGUGCAAAUCUUAAUGGCGUCUAGCGUUUCGAAGUCUGUUGCCUCCGUCAGUACUUUAGUCGCGGAUCGAGUUCAUCGAUGAAACUAACAGGAAUGACACUAAUAUUUAGGGUUUUCAUUUGCCACGGCCCCAUAUUUUUUACAUGGACUGAUUUUUAAAGGAAGAAGAAAUAAAUCGACUAGCUUUCCCUUGACCAAAAUUCUUUUUGUGAAAAAUUUUGCUUUUUUUUAGAAAAAUUACGUGCAUAAAUACAUGAGGAAUAUGAUGAUCUUGAAAUGUGCCAAACUAUCGGUUAACUCGUAGUUCUCGAUCCAAAUUUUAACAUCUAUUCAUGUUUUUCAACUUUUAUUUCUCUGUAUGUCUGUAACCUUAAAUAACAUUGUAAAUGGCGCAAUCUGUUCUUUAUUAUUAUUAUUGACAAUGUGUUCAUUGGAUAAAACAUGAAAUAAAAUUAUGAAUAGUACGUAGA